ACAAUAAUUAUUAUAAUCAUUUCAAGAAAAUGACUUGCUAGUGCUCUGAUCGUCAAGAAAAGAAUCAUUAAUCUUUACAUUUCAGACAAAACUAAGAUAUGGGUAUUACUGUUCUGGUCUCCUAGAUUCAGAAAGUCAUAGCUUUGUCAUGUUUGUGUAAGAGCAUUGGGAGAAAAAAAGUUGAUCACUGAGCUGGGAUUUUCUUGAUUUUAGAAUGAGGAGAAGAAAACGAAGCUAUGAUUUGGGUGAUGUGAUUGAGUUGGUGAACAAAUUAAUGGUGGAAAAGGCUUUUAUUGUGUUUGUAGUACCUUUGGUUUUGAUUUGUUGGUUAGUUGAGAAGUGGGUGUUUUCUGUUUCUAAUUGGGUUCCUCUUGUUGUUGCUGUUUGGGCUACUUUGCAGUAUGGUAGCAAUCAAAGGCGUAACCUUGUGGAAGACAUGAACAAAAAAUGGAAACAAGUCGUCUUACAAACAUCGCCUUUGACUCCAUUGGAGCACUGUGAAUGGCUAAACAAGUUACUGAUAGAAAUUUGGCCGGAAUAUAUCUGCCCCAAGCUUUCUAUUAGGUUUUCAUCUAUUGUUGAGAAACGCCUAAAGCAGCGAAAAUCCAGGCUCAUUGAAAAGAUUGAACUGCAAGCUUUUUCACUCGGUUCAUGCCCUCCUAUUUUGGGAAUUAACGGGACUCGCUGGUCAACAUUAGGUGAUCAGAGAAUUAUGCAUCUGGGUUUUGAUUGGGAUACUACUGACAUGAGUAUUAUGUUGCUCGCUAAAUUAGCAAAGCCGUUACUGGGAGCUGCUCGUAUAGUCAUUAAUAGCAUCCACAUCAAGGGUGACCUCCUUUUGAUGCCAGUUCUGGACGGAAAAGCAGUAUUGUACUCUUUUCUAUCAACUCCACAGGUUAGAAUAGGUGUUGCAUUUGGAAGUGGUGGAAGCCAAUCACUACCUGCAACAGAAUUACCAGGCGUUUCAUCAUGGCUGGUUAAAAUUAUAACUGACAGUUUAAUAAAGACAAUGGUUGAACCUCGCCGCCGCUGUUUCUCUCUACCAGCGGUUGAGUUAAGGAAGAAGGCAGUCGGAGGCAUACUUUAUGUGACUGUCCUUUCAGCAGACAAACUUUCUAGGGUUCACUUAAAGGGAAGCCCUUACAGAGGGCAACAGUCUGUAAAAGGCAGUUAUACAAUAGAACACCUUGAUGAUAAAGAUAUGCUGACAUUUGUAGAAGUUGAACUUGGAGAUUUAAGCAGAAAGACAGGAGUGAGGGAGGGCACAUCCCCUAAAUGGGGCUCAACAUUUAAUAUGGUUCUACAUGAAGAUACCGGGACCCUGAGAUUAAAUCUUUAUGAAUGCAAGGCAGGGAAUGUGAAGUAUGACUAUCUGACAAGCUGUGAAAUCAAGAUGAAAUAUGUGGCAGAUGACUCUACAAUGUUUUGGGCAGUUGGAGCAGAAUCAAGUGUGAUUGCCAAGCAUGCAGAAUUUUGUGGGAAAGAGGUUGAGUUAACUGUUCCCUUCGAGGGAGUUGAAUCAGGAGAAUUAACAGUAAAACUUGUACUAAAAGAAUGGCAGUAUUCUGAUGGCUCACACAGCUUGAACAAUUUCCAUCUCAACUCUCGAGCAUCAUCACUGUAUGGGUCUUCUAAUUUUCCAACAAGAACUGGAAGAAAAAUAUAUGUAACUGUUGUUGAAGGAAAGGACCUUAUGGUUAGAGAUAAAUCUGGAAAGUGUGAUUUAUAUGUGAAGCUCCAGUAUGGGAAGGUUCAACUAAAGACUAGAAGCAAACAAAAUACUUCAAAUCCUAUCUGGAACCAGAAGUUCGAAUUUGACGAGGUAGGCGACAGUGAAUAUCUAAAGAUAAGGUUUUAUAGCGAAGAAACCUUUGGGGAUGAGAACCUAGGUAGUGCGCGAGUUAAUCUGGACGGGCUGAUAGAAGGGUCAACAAGAGAUGUAUGGAUCCCUCUUGAAAAAGUGAGUUUGGGAGAACUACAUCUGAAAAUUGAAGCAGUAAAUGUUGAUGAUAGCGAAGGGUCAAAGGGUUCAAAUGGAGGCUCAGGCAAUGGUUGGAUUGAACUUUCUCUUAUUGAAGGAAGAGACCUCAUCGCUGCUGAUAUUAGAGGGACAAGUGAUCCCUAUGUUAGAGUACAAUAUGGUAACCUGAAGAGAAAGACUAAGAUAAUGUAUAAAACGCUUAACCCAAAGUGGAACCAAACUUUAGAAUUUCCAGAUGAUGGCAGCCCUUUGGAGUUGCACGUGAAAGACUACAAUGCUCUGCUUCCCACUUCGAAUAUAGGUGAUUGUGUUGUAGAGUAUCAAGGUCUGCCAGUAAACCAGAUGGCUGACAAGUGGAUACCACUUCAAGGAGUAAAAAGAGGAGAAAUACACGUACAAAUUACAAGAAGAGUUCCAGAGAUGCAAAAGAAAUCAAGUUUGGGUGGAGAGUCAGAUUCAUCUAAAUCACGCCAGAUAUCUAGCCAAAUGAAGCAAAUGAUGCUGAAGUGUCGGUCAUUAGUUGAUGAUGAUAAUCUCGGGGAGCUCUCAGCAUCCCUCAGCGAGCUGGAAAGCCUCCAUGAUUUGCAGGAAGAGUAUGCUAUUCAGCUGGAGACUGAGCAGAUGCUUCUACUCAGCAAGAUAAACGAACUUGGUCAGGAAAUCAUAAAUUCUUCACCCUCGUUGAGCAGGUCUUCUGACUGAUGCAAGUAAAUGUCCGAGAUUGAAUGUCCUGCUAGUAAAAUAACAAUCACGCAUUCACAAUGGAAACACUUUUGUUUAUAAUAUAACUGGCAUAAAGCUGGGUAAUCACCCUUUUGAAUGUAAAUCUUCUAAUAGGAGAAAACAUGAAAUACAAAGUAAAUGCGGCUUGGUAUCCUUCAUACUUGAUAUGAUAUUUUUUAGCAGUUGGGGCUCUACUUUGUUUCUUCAA